UCAUCACUGUGGUGGAAGGCACAAAGUUUAGUCCGUCCUCUUGCAUCGACAUAAUCUUUUUUCUCCAACAUCCCUUCCGCACGGGUAACCAAAGAUCUUAUAGCAGAGCUCUGCUAUAGGAUCUUUGCGGGUGACCGGCGAGGAAUCGCGUUGGGAACGUGUGCGCUGAUUUACCAGACAGGGCGGACUCGUCCCUUGCUCCACCCCAUUGAAGCGCGGAAACUUCCGGUCCGCUCAGUUGUUGUUUGACGGACUUUAUCAAAGCUGUGGGCCUGAGGCCGGGAGCGGCGACAAUAACACCAGCGCAAGAAAGAAGAGGAGGGAGAGGGGUUGUGGUGGACAAGAGGGUAGGGAAGGAAUGUACCGGUAAGGAGGUGCGUCCAUCUAUCCUUCCAUCCAGCGAGCGAGGGGGUGAUGCAGCACUGAGCCGCCGCCGCCGCCGACGACGACGGACUGAGCAGGAGAGGGGCCGGAGCCGCCACUGUCACCGCCGGCGACGCGGGGCAGCUGACAGGGAGCAGGGAGGGAAACCCCGCGGCCGCGGCCGGGCCGGGCGACGGUUGGCGAUCGUGGGGCUCGCGGACCUUCCGGAACCUUCGCCGUCUCUCUCGGGGCGGCGCUGACAGAUCCCCGGCCUCCCCCCUGGGGGGAGGAGGCGCCCCCCGCCCCCGGACCCACCGCACAGGCACCGAGCCCACCACGGCGGCAGCAGCUGCGGCCGAGCACACCACGUUCACUCUGGCCUCCUCCUCCUCUUCCUCCGACUCGGAGAGCGGCGGAGUGUCCCCGCCACCGCGGAAGAAGCAGCGAGCGGCGACGGCGGCGGAGGGCGAGGGUGGGCCCGGGGCAGCGGGCAGCAGCGGAGCGCGACUAGGCCCCAGCAACCUCCCAGGUAACUUCGGCGGCCUGCUGGGCCUAGGAGGAGGAGGAGGCGGCGGCUCCGGGCGCCAGGCUCACGGCGUCAUGCAGGCCAACGGUAACCAAGGAGGCGGCGAGGCUCCUGCGGCACAGAACGGGGACGCGACGGGCCGGGACGGGCCGGCGGAGGAACCGGCCUCCCACGGCUCCGCCCCGGGCUUGGGCCCCGCGGCCGCUCACUCCAACGGGAUGCCCUCCUCCUCCUCCUCCUCAUCGCUGGCCGCCGCCACCCCCCUGGUGCCCGGGCCCGGCGGGGUGAGCACAGAUCAGGUCGCUUACAGGAAGAAAAAGCGCUUGUGUCAGAGCGACGAGGAUGUGAUUCGCCUGAUCGGACAACACCUGCACGGCCUGGGGCUGAACCAAACGGUGGAUCUUUUGAUGCAGGAAUCGGGCUGCCACUUGGAGCAUUCUUCCGCAACUAAAUUUCGCAAUCACGUUAUGGAGGGAGAAUGGGAAAAGGCUGAAAACGAUCUUAAUGAAUUGAAGUCAUUGGUGCACUCGCCUCAUGUGAUUAUGAAAAUGAAAUUCUUAUUACUGCAGCAGAAGUACUUAGAAUAUCUGGAAGAUGGCAAGGUUCUGGAAGCCCUUCAGGUCCUGCGUUGUGAACUGACUCCUUUGAAGUACAACACAGAGAGAAUACACAUCUUAAGUGGGUAUCUCAUGUGCAGUCAUACAGAUGACCUGAGGGCAAAGGCAGAGUGGGAAGGAAAAGGGACGGUUUCACGAUCAAAGUUACUUGACAAACUUCAGAUGUACCUACCCCCAUCAGUAAUGCUACCUCCACGACGCUUACAGACGUUACUGCGACAAGCAGUGGAACUGCAGCGGGACAGGUGCCUGUAUCACAAUACUAAGCUGGACGGAAAUCUAGACUCAAUGUCUCUGCUCAUUGAUCAUGUUUGCAGUAGGUGUUCCAGGGAUGAGUGUAGGGCCAGGGAGAUGGUAUCAGCCGUGGACCUGUUGUGGCGGAAGCAGUUUCCUUGCUACACACAACAGAUCCUCACAGAGCACUGCAAUGAAGUGUGGUUCUGCAAGUUCUCCAAUGAUGGCAGUAAGUUAGCAACGGGAUCCAAGGACACCACAGUUAUUAUUUGGCAGGUUGAUGCAGAUACUCAUCAGCUUAGACUGCAUAAAACUUUAGAUGGUCAUGCUUAUGGAGUAUCAUACUUGGCUUGGAGUCCAGAUGAUAAUUACCUUUUGGCCUGUGGCCCUGAUGACUGCUCCGAACUAUGGCUUUGGAAUGUGCAGACAGGAGAACUUAGGACCAAGAUGAGCCAGUCCCAUGAGGAUAGUCUAACAAGUGUUGCUUGGAACCCAGAUGGAAAACGUUUUGUGACAGGUGGUCAACGUGGGCAAUUUUAUCAGUGUGAUUUGGAGGGAAAUCUGCUGGAUUCAUGGGAAGGUGUGCGAGUGCAGUGCCUGUGGUGUUUAAACGACGGGAAAACAGUUCUUGCCUCAGACACACAUCAGAGGAUACGAGGCUACAACUUUGAGGACCUGACCGAUAGGAAUAUAGUACAAGAGGAUCAUCCUAUAAUGUCGUUUACAGUUUCAAAGAAUGGAAGAUUAGCCUUGUUAAAUGUAGCAACUCAGGGAGUUCAUCUAUGGGAUUUGCAGGAUCGUGUUUUGGUGAGAAAGUAUCAAGGUGUGACACAAGGAUUUUACACAAUUCAUUCAUGUUUUGGAGGCAACAAUGAAGACUUUAUAGCCAGUGGCAGUGAAGAUCACAAAGUUUACAUUUGGCAUAAACGAAGUGAACUGCCUAUAGCAGAGCUGACGGGACACACACGUACUGUAAACUGUGUGAGCUGGAACAUGCAAGUCCCAUCCAUGAUGGCUAGCGCUUCAGAUGAUGGUACAGUGAGGAUAUGGGGACCGGCGCCUUUCUUGGACAACCAGGAGUCUGAAGAAGGCUGUAGUAGCAUGGAUAGUUGACGGUGACUUUGCAACUUUGACUGAAAUUAAGUCACGGAACAAAAUCGCUUUAAGUUUGGCACAAACCAACUGCUAAUGAUCACUGGACAAACGUGCUCACGAUGAAACUCAUUCCAGGUCUUCUAACCAGCAUCUUACCGCCUUUCUUCAUAGUUACAAAUCCAGGAGAAACAAUCUCGUUAGACCCCAAUGGGACACCAUUUUGAACUUUAACCAUUGGUUGUGAAGAAAUCGUGUUCCAUUGAACUCUGAUUCUUUUCUGCCUUUUUUUGCUCUGGCAAUCUAUCUUCUAUUUUGACACCAUGGAAUUUUAACUACUUGUUUGGGGUCUAAUUCAUAGAAGGGUGAGGAAUGCUAGUCUGCAACAAACAUGCAGUAAAAUAGGAAGAAAAUGUCCUUUAUUUUCAAUCGGUUAGCCUGAAUAGUGGAACUAACUACAGCUCAGUCUAUGAACUACACCUGGGUCAUGUUGCCCUGGACUCUAUCUUUCAUUAUGGUAUUUUAGGGAGAAAAGGAGGAAGGUAUGUACAGAAUUUUGGGAGGGUUGAGAUCCAAAUUAUUGGCUGAAUCAUUUAAAUCUUUUCUUUGCACUCGCUCCCACAUCAUGGUCUUCCAUUUGUUUUAUAAUAAAUUCAUUUCAGUGUUUUUGAGGUUAUGCCAGCGGUGAAUUUUGUUUAAUUCACUGGUGGAGAUGCCACAUUCAUUUAUUUAGGGGUGAAAACACAAAUUUAUAGACUGUAAGAGUAUUUUGUACUGGUUCUUAUAUGGUAGUACAUGUUCUUUCAUUCAGAUUUGUAACACUACCUAUUUUUUUUUUGUAGAUAAUAUCAGUUGAUCUGGCAUGGUCGUACAAAUUAACUAGUUCACCGGUCCUAUUGGAUAGUUCUUGAUCUCAACUGGAGUUAGUACCAUGUUUCUCGAUAUGAAGGGGCAUGAGAUAGGAAAUACACAAUGUAUGUGAAGCGUGCAGCACUUUUUGAGCACCUAAGAUAGAUGGUAACAUAACAACAGUGGUUUGCCAGUAAGCCCUUUGCCAGCUUGCCUUCCAGUUGGAGACUGCUGCUGAGUAUGAUGGGCAGGCUUGAAAUAGGGAAAGAAUGUAAAUGUUUAAUGAGGAGAAAUCGUCCCACAUCUUGACUUGUGCAAUAUAUUACCUUUCUUUGCUCUUUUUAUUGUCGUGUCCAUUUUUUUAAAUCACCAACUAUUUAGAAUAAUCUUCGAGGUUUCGAGGCACCUCAUAGAUCUCAAUCCUUUUUUUGCUUGUAUUACUUGCACACUAAAUGAAUGUAAAUAAGAGGAGGAGUGAUUCUACAUUGUCUGCCCUCAAAGUAUAACAUUGGUAGUUUCCUAAUUACCAGGUAUUGUACCGUGCUGGUAUGGGAGGGAUACAGGUGCUACCUCCACAGGUGAAUCAUUUGCCAGUGCAGAAUGUUCUCCUCCUCCUAUUGACAUUCAUUUAUUAUGUGAGCCCAAAAAUCAAGAGAGAUGAAUUUGGCAAAGUGGUUUAAUGGCUUUAUACAGUGCUAUAACUGAUAACUAUUGCCCUCCAUGGGUUGGCGAGAUGGUGGGAGAAUUAAUUGAUCAAACAGCUAAUUGAUCGAUCACAGAUUUAUACUUUGUCAAUUUAUUGUACAUUCUUUUACAGUUCUCAAUCUGUUUUUUUAUGUAUAACUGCUCUUUGAAUUUAGAUUAAUUCUCCUCUAAAUUUGGGUUUAUUUUAUUUGGAAAUAAGGUUUUUCCAAUGGAAAAUGAGUAGAAAUUGAAAUUAUUUUGAUGAGAUGGGGUGAAAAUUGGGUUUGGCUAAUAAAUCUGGCAGUUUGUAAUUAGUUAUUAAGCAUUAUUGGGAGAAAAGAGAUUAAAAAACGAGAGAGCUCUGCAUUGUCAAUAUACUGUCAAUGAGAAUGCAAUUUAACAAGCUUUUACAAGGAAACUGGCUUUAUUUCAGAUUUGGUGGCAAUACUGCUUUCAACUUUCCCAGUGGGUCAUCCAACCCUUUUUCAAUUUUAAGAUGUAGGAAUUGCUGGCAAUGCCAACAUUUCUUAACCACUCAUAAUUGCCCAUGAGAAAGUGGCAAUCUUGAAUUGUGUCAGUCUGACAAUGUUGUUUGGUCGGAAGUGCCCAGGUUUAGUCCCCAGGUUUAGUCCCCAGUGUGAAUGAAGGAGGUAAGUAUAUUUCCAAAUCAGGAUGUGAUGUACAACUUGGACAGAAGCUACAUUUGCAGUGGUCCCAUGCACCUGCUAUCUUUUUCUGACAGGUGUGGAAGAUGCUUUCAUACUGUCAGUACAAAGUAAUUGCAUUCCAUUUUGUAGAUGGUGCACAAUGCACCUUGGCACGCUGGUGAUGGAGGGACUGUUUUGUUCUGUCCUGGUACAGUUGUUAAACCUGCCGGGAUCAGCCCUGCCCACUUGAGGAUUGUUUUCCUGGAUCUGGUUCAUAUGUGUGAUGACACUUGCGCCAUAGAUCUGGAAGUGUAAUAUCCUUGCAGUCAGCGUUAAAUUGGGGAGGUUCUCUGCCCUCAGCAUUAGUUCUGCUCUCAGUUUCAAUGUGUAAUACCACUUAUCUAAUUUAACAGAAAUUAAUUUUCAACAAAAGUCAGCAGUGGAUUAUCAUCAGAAAUCAGUAUAUUUGCACUGUUUACUCUGCACCACUCAGGAAACUCUGAUGUAUGACUUAUUCUUGUGCUAGAUUUAAUGGCCUUGGGCUAAAAAGCAGAGAGGGAUUCUCUCAUCAGUUGUUUUCUGUCUGUGAUGGGUCGGUGUUAAUACACUGAGCAGUUUUAAAAACAAAUUCAAAUGUUGUAACAUACCCCACUGAUCACAUUUGUAUGGGAAAGUAGUAACUUUAACAGUUCUGUGAGCAUCCCUUAACGAAAUCAGAUGAUUGGGUUGACUUCUGAUAGGUUAUUUAGGGAUUGCCAAAUCAGCUUAAAAUAAGUACAUUAUAUCAAAAUUAUGAGGUUUCUGUGGUUUAAAAUUAAGGAGAUGGAUAGGAAUGAAGCUUAUGUUAAAAAUAAAAAUUCUGCUAUCCUUAGCACAUUUUAUUAUAUAAAGUUUUGUGCCUGAAGUGAACUCUACCACCUAUUGGAUGGCAUAAUUCUUAUCCACAUUAAGACUGCUUAAUAUUUUAUAGAACUACUCUUGAGACUGACAAGGCUCUUGAUGCCACAAAGCCUCCUUGUCUGAGAGGUGAUAAAUUUAUCUGUAAAAAUAACUUCACCUAAAUCAGUAUAAAUAUUGGGGAGCACUUUAAUGUGUAUCUUCAGGGGUUACUUCGUCUUUUAGUACUCUUUCGUAUAUGACCAAUAUUUCUGAUGGCGUUUAGAUAAGGUGGACAAUUUAAAAUGAGCAAGUACAUGAUAAUUAAUCAUAUAAUUAAAUGGGUGGCACAGUGGCGUAGCAGUAGAAUUAUUGCUUUACUGUGUCAGAUCCUAACUACGGCUGUUAUCUUUACGGAGCUUGUACGUUCUCUCCAUGUCCUGCAUGGGUUUUCUACGAGAUCUUCGGUUUCCUCCCACACUCCAAAAACGUACAGGUUUGUAGGUUAAUUGGCUUGGUAUAAAAUUAAAUUGUCCCUAGUGUGUGUAGGUGUGCAGGCAUCGCUGGUUGGCGUGGACUCAGUGGGCCGAAGGGCCUGUUUCUGCGCUGUGUCUCUAAACUAAACUAAUAAUUAGAAAAAUGCUCCAUUUCUGGUCAGGAUUACUUCAAGAUGUAAAAUACCUAAAUUCCUAGCUUCUAUUUAAAUACAUGCAAUUGAUGUUUCAAAAUCCAUUGACAAGUUUACAUCUGUCUGUAACUUGAAAAAUAGGGCUCCUUGAUUAAUACCCAAAACAAAGUGAGAUAUCAAUGGAUUUAGAAUGGGUUAGAGUGAAAUAGAUAGUACUUAAACUAGCGCUGGAUUGUAAAUUAGUGCACUUAUGACACAAGAGACCACAUAUGCUGGAGCAAAAAACAAUUACUGAAGGAGCUCAGCAUGCCAGCAAUUUUGGAAGCAAAGGAAUGAUCAAUGAUGCAGGGUCUCGAUAUGAAACGUCAACUAUCCUUUUGCCUCCUCUGAUGCUGCUGAGGUCUUCCAACAGUUUUUUUUUUACAGCAUUACUAAAAUGACAUCAGGUGAAAGAGCGUUAGCUAGUUUUAAUCAUUAUUUCUUGCCUUUGGGCUCAGUUGUAGUUGCACCAGUUUUCCCAAUCACAUUGGCUUACUCAGCAAAAAUACCACUGCCAGGGAUUGCUGCAGACAUGAUCUACCCUUUGGUUAGAAUGUGCUAUAAGAGGCAGUUUGGUAAAGAGUCUAGACCAGUGGUUCCCAAUGUGGGGCGUACGCCCGACAGGGGGCAAUUUGAUUUUUAAGGAGUGGCCUGGGUCCAAAUUUUCGAUUUUUAUUUUUUAGGAUUUUCCAUCAGGUAAACAUAUGUAGUUUAUGUUUCAGAUGUUAUUUUGAGUAAAUAAUUUUUUGGGGGGUAAAAAGGGUCUUUAGUGUGUAGUUAUUACAACCAAGAUAUUGGCGUUUUAAGGUUCUUCAGCUGAAAUGGAGUUCACUUUUUAAAUGAUAAGAAUUAUAUA